AUGGCCCAGCCCCCUCCCUGCUGGCUGUGGGUUCUGGGGGCCCUGGCGGGCCUCUCAGCUACCCCAGCUCCCAAGAGCUGUCCUCAGAAGCACUACUGGGCUGGGGGAGAGCUGUGCUGCCGGAUGUGUGAGCCAGGAACAUUCCUCGUGAAGGACUGUGACAGGCCGGGCACGGCUGCUCGCUGUGACCCGUGUACUCCGGGGGUCUCCUUCUCGCCAGACCACCACGCCAGGCCCCACUGCGAGAGCUGCCGCCACUGUAACUCUGGUCUUCUCCUUCGAAACUGCACCCUCACUGCCAAUGCCGUGUGCACCUGCCCCAGGGGCAGGCAGUGCCAGGACAAGGAGUGCACCGACUGUGGUCCACCCCUAAACCCUUCACUGACCACUCGUCCCUCUCAGGCCUCGGUCCUACACCCACAACCUACCCACUUACCUUAUGUCAACAAGAUGCCGGAAGCCAGGACGAUCCAACAAGUGCAGACUCUGAUUGAGUUAAGGUCCACCCCAGCUCUCUCCACCCACUGGCCAUCCCAAAGGCCCCUGUGCAGCUCCAACUGCGUCCGCAUCUUUGUGGUCUUCUCUGGAAUAUUUUUUGCUUCCACCUUGGUCGCAGCCCUGUUCCUCCGUCAAAACAGAAAACAUGGACUAAGUAAGAGACUACAUCCAGGAACCUAA